AUGGCGCGGAAAAAACCCCGCCACGCGGUCUCGCCGACUCUCGUAACCCUGUUACUGCAAGCGCUCGCAAUAGCCCCCACGCUCGCUGCCCCCACUCCGCCAGCGGGAGGCGCGGCGUCGAUCGAUCUCGCCUUCCCCUUCAAAGCCUCCUCCUCCGCCCCGCAGUUCAAACCAGACACCCUCCCCGACCUUCCCGCUUCCCCGCAACCCACCGUUCCGCCGGUUCCCAAGCCCGCGACCGUUCCUUCCGCUCCGAGCGGCAGCUCCUCUGCGCCGACUGGCUCCCCCAGCCCUUCUUACCCCAAAACCUCCUCUCCCGUUGCUCCGGAAAAACCCGGCAUUCCGGAUCCGAGCCCUUCCGCCCUUCAUUCGCCCAAGGGGACACCCCCCGCUGCAGUGACGCCGGGUACCGCCUGCCCCGCGUCCGACCUGGACGGAUACACCUUCUCGGCUCCCCUCAUUCCCGACCAGUUCGUCCUCCACUGGCGGCUGCGCGCAUCGGCUUUGGACAUAGCCGUGGAGGCGCGGCUGAGCAGCAAGAUCGACAACGGCUGGAUGGGCGUCGGCUGGUCGCUCACGGGCGCGAUGUCGCCGUCCGACGCCGUCAUCGGCAAUCUCGAGGGCGGUGCGAUCCGCUCGUUCUCGCUGGGAGGUUACACUGCGGAUUCUGUAAACGCGACGAAUCAUAUAGACCUUGGGGAUAAGGGAUCGACUUCGACGGCUUCGGGGUCUACAGUGUUCUGGUUCUCCCGGUCGCCAGGGGAUGGAGGCUCGGUGCCGAUCCAACUUUCCGGACCUAACUUCCUCAUCUGGGCCUACUCUGGGGACAUGUUCCAGACCCUUGGUUACCACAGCAACCAUAGAGGAGUUUCUCAGGUGGACUUCUCAUGCAACACUGCACCCCAGGUUCUGCUGGGGGAGGGAAGCCCCGAAGACGACGACCAAGGGGAAUUUACCCCAGAUAAUCCUUACGAUCUAUCCCCUUCGGAUCCUCUGGGGGAUGAAGGCAAUGAUGAAAACACAGGAAGCAGCAGUUCUGGAAGUGAUGACAGCAGUACAGGAGUCGUGCCUCGCAGUAACCAACCUGGCGGGGUGUUACGGAAAGUGUGGAGUGUUUUGUUCCCAUCAUUUGGCUAA